AUGCCGUCGGUUUCGAAAGCGGCGGCGGCGGCGUUGAGUGGGUCCCCCCCGCAGACCGAGAAGCCGACCCACUACAGGUAUCUAAAGGAGUUUAGGACAGAGCAGUGCUCCCUGUUUGUGCAGCACAAGUGCACCCAGCACAGGCCAUUUACCUGUUUCCAUUGGCAUUUCCUAAAUCAGCGUCGGCGCAGACCGCUCCGCAGGCGCGACGGCACUUUUAACUACAGCCCGGACGUGUACUGCUCCAAGUACGACGAGGCCAGCGGCUUGUGCCCCGACGGCGACGAAUGUCCGUACCUGCACCGGACGACCGGGGACACGGAGCGCAAGUAUCACCUGCGCUACUAUAAGACGGGCACAUGCAUCCAUGAGACAGAUGCCCGGGGCCACUGCGUGAAGAACGGGCUGCACUGCGCCUUCGCGCAUGGCCCCCUGGACCUGCGGCCGCCCGUGUGUGACAUCAGGGAGCUGCAGGCCCAGGAAGCCCUGCAGAACGGCCAGCUCAGUGCUGGGGAUGGCGUCCCUGACCUGCAGCCUGGGGUCUUGGCCAGCCAGGCCCUGAUGGAGAAGAUCCUGGGCGAGGACCCCCGGUGGCAAGAUACCAACUUCGUGCUAGGCAGCUACAAGACAGAGCAGUGCCCCAAGCCGCCGCGCCUGUGCCGCCAGGGCUACGCAUGCCCACACUUCCACAAUAGCAGGGACCGGCGGCGGGACCCCCGGAGGUUCCAGUACAGGUCCACCCCCUGCCCCAGCGUGAAGCACGGUGACGAGUGGGGCGAGCCCUCCAGGUGCGAGAGCGGGGACAGCUGUCAGUACUGCCACUCGCGCACAGAGCAGCAGUUCCACCCCGAGAUCUACAAGUCUACCAAGUGCAACGACAUGCGACAGACUGGGCACUGCCCUCGGGGCCCCUUCUGUGCUUUUGCGCACGUGGAGAAGAGUCUUGGAAUGGCCAGCGACUGGGGCUGCCGAGACCUCACCUCCACCAGCAGCCCCGUGGCCCCCAGCGGGCAGCCCGGACACGCAAAGCGGAGAGAUUCACCUGCUGAAGGCAGCCAGAAGGCCAGCGAGCAGGACAGUAAGCAGAGCCACCUGGCAGUGUUGGCAGUGGGUCACCCCCUCGCUCCCAGCGUGAGUUCCAGCCUGGCAUCCAGCCUGGCAUCCAGCACUGGCUCAGGCGGCUCCUCGCCCACCGCUCUGCCCACUGUCUCGGCUCGUGCCCACCCUCUUGACCCCACUGGCAGCGCCGUCGAGGCGGUCCCAGGAUCCUCUUUAGACCUUCACCUCGGCGACAUCAGCCUCGUGCCCCCAGAUAAGGACCUGGAGGAGCACGACAGCCGUGACCUCGGACCCACAGGUCAGCGGUCGCUGGGGGGCUCGGCGCCCGUGGCCAUCCCAGGCUGCUUGCCCCGCUCCCCGUCCCUGCAGUCCUCGUCGUCCCUGUCCGCCUCCCCACUCGGCUCCUUCUCCCAGUCCCUGUCGGGGCCGCUCGUCUCCUCAGCCAUGACGCCCCCCCAGCAGCCGCAAGCCCUCAAGUCGGAGCCCCGAGCGCUGGGCCCCCCAGCCCCGUCCUACAACUCCUUCGGCUUGAAUGGCGUCCCCGGCAGCAUCUGGGACUUUGUCUCUGGCAGCUUCUCUCCCAGCCCGUCCCCCAUCCUGAAUGCUGGCCCCACGGCCCCUUCAGGCGCGAGUCCAAACAGUGCUGAGCUGGCCCGGGUCAGGCGGCAGCUGGAGGAGGCCAAGAGGAAGAUCCGGCAGUGGGAGGAGUCCUGGCAACAGGUGAAGCAGGCCUGUGACGCGUGGCAGCGGGAGGCCAAGGAGGCCAAGGAGCGGGCGCUCGCAGCUGACAGCGCCCGGCAGCUGGCGCUGCAGAAGAAGGAGGAGGUGGAGGCCCAGUUCCGACGGCUGCAGGAGGAGCUGGAGGGCCGGGGCUUGGCCUCCAUGCUCCCCGGGCUGCGCGGCUGUGGUGACAUCGGCGCCAUCCCCCUGCCGAAGCUGCAUUCGCUGCAGAGUCAGCUGCGCCUCGAUUUGGAAGCAGUGGAUGGGGUGAUCUUCCAGCUGCGAGCGAAGCAGUGCGGGGUGUGCGGGGAGCGGGCCCGCAGCGCUGUCCUGCGGCCCUGCCAGCAUCGUGUGCUCUGCGAGCCGUGCGCGGCCAGCGCACCCGAGUGCCCCUACUGUGCGGGCCAGCCCCUGCCCUGGUGA